ACCUCUGGACACAAACUGCUCCCAUCAGUCUGCUGCUGCGACUGUCUCACUGACAACUCAACUGAAUGAACUCUGUCUCUCUGGCUAUCUGACUCUCCCCUCAGAGCCUGAAGCUGUGCACAUUUUCAGAUUCAGCAACUUACGUUGGACAACAACACACAAACUUUUUACUAGAGGAAGACAGUAAUACCUUAAAUAACUGGAAAGCAUCUGGAAAUCUUCUGCUGCUGGCCGUUGAGGAUCAGUGGACAGGGAAGAAGUGCGGGGAAGAAGAGCCUUGCUCAAAGGCACCUCAAGAAUAGCUGCUGAGGAAGAGGAAAGCAACCACUAACUUUCUCAGGCUAACUGCAAUUCCCUGCUUUGUAUCCUAAAUCAGGUGAAUCCUGAACCAGCAGAGCUGAGAGACAACUGGUGGGCGAGUUGAAAGAGCUGUGCUGAGCUGUAAUCAGUCAUGGCAGACUGGAGCUUGCUGGGAAACUUCCUGGAGGAAGUGCAGGAGCAUUCUACCUCUAUUGGCAAAGUGUGGCUGACCAUCCUGUUUAUCUUCCGUAUACUGGUGCUCGGGACUGCCGCUGAGUCAUCGUGGGGAGACGAACAGGAAGAUUUCGACUGUGACACUGGACAGCCGGGUUGCGAGAACGUUUGUUAUGACCAAGCCUUCCCUAUAGCACAUAUACGAUACUGGGUGCUCCAGAUCGUGUUUGUGUCCACUCCCAGUCUGAUCUACAUGGGCCACGCCAUGCACACUGUUCGCAGAGAGGAGAAGAGAAGGAGCAGAGAGGAGGAGGGAGGAGACGAGGGAGGGAAAGAGGACGACCCAGGAGGAGGUGAAGGUGGAGGAGAGGGAGAGAAACAAGGGAGGAAAGGCGAGAAGGACGGAGGAAAGGAAAAAAGAGAAGGUCUAUCAGGAGGUCGAAUCCGCCUCAGGGGAUCGCUGCUACAGACCUACGUAUUUAGUAUUCUGAUACGCAUUAUCAUGGAGGUGGUGUUUCUGUGUCUCCAGUACUUCCUGUAUGGAAUCUUCCUCAAUCCUCUGUAUGUCUGCAAGGCUUGGCCAUGUCCACAUCCAGUAAACUGUUAUGUCUCCAGACCAACAGAGAAAAAUGUCUUCAUAGUGUUCAUGUUGGCUGUGACGGCCGUAUCUCUGGUUCUCAGUGUGCUCGAACUGCAUCACUUGGCAUGGAGACACUGCUGCAGGCAGUUGCUCUUCAAAAGGAAGGCCGCCACCACUGCUAACGCCUCGCUGGCCCGACAGCUCUCUCUGCCUCCUCCUCUGCCGCCAUCAACCCCACCUCCAGACUUCAACCAGUGUGUGAUUGGCUCCUCACACUUCCUGCCCAUCCCUUUCCCCAACCACCGUCUGGCUAACCAACAAAACACUGAGAACAUGGCCACAGAGAAGAACAAAAUGGCCACUGCCGUGGACGAGGUAAACAUCCUUCAGAUGAGCUGCUACUCGCCCGGAUGGCAGGAGACUAGUAACAAUCAGAUCCAAGAUGGUGGAUACCUGAGGACCGACACUAACUGCUACAGCCCUGGGAGCAGGGAGAUUAGCUGCCUUCAGAUCCAAAAUGGCGGACCAGACAAGCUGUUGCUUAGUCCGAAUGAAGGGCUCUGUCAGAAGGACAAACGAAGAUUCAGCAAAACCAGCGGAACGAGCAGCCGAACAAGAGCAGAUGACCUCUCUGUUUAGAAAGAAAGCAGAAAGCAGGGAGAUUCAACUCUUCACACAUAUGCUAAUUAAACAUACUUGACCCUUUGAACACAUGCACAAAAGCUAUGUGCACAUAGCUCUAGACAGCUGGAGGAAUCAGAAUCUAACUCUGAUUUUCUUUUUUGUCUUGAAUGCCAUUAAAAUGAGUGAAACUCCACUCUGCUACUUGAUUAGGAGACAAUUCAUUCAGACUUGCUUCCCUUAACAGACACAAAAUUGAGUGCUCAAAGAUUGCACUGAACUCCAGACUGACAAUAAUCGGACGUUGAGUGUUCAGAUUGCAGUUUAAAUGUGUAUAUGUGCGUAUAUUAAACAGUAUAUGUAGAGUCAGUGCACAAUACAGACAAUCCCUAAAAACGGCUCCUAAUGUGAUUGUGAUCAGAUAGUGAUGGUAAACCCUGAAAUGGGUUCACCAGAAUCUGUUACCUUUUGAAAAGAUUAUAUUGCAUGAUUUGUCAGGGACAUGUUUUUGCACAAACUUUAAUACUAGAUCAUCAGCUGUAAUGAUGUAUCACAUUUUAUCUGUUUAUGGGAGCAGAUUUUUUGUGACAAUACGGUUGCCCAUCAUUCUGAAGGACUUGCAAAUUGCUACAACUUAAUGCAAAUGUUCUCUCUAAAGGAUGAUUUAUGACAAAUGUUAUUCUCCUCAGAGUUUUUGAGAGAAACAGCUAAUGGGAUAAAUUGGGGCUGAUGUUAAUCUACAGUUUUUACCACAGAGGAAGUCACAACAAUGGGGGUGUUGGGACUUUUUUGACCCCUCAAGCAACCCAACCCAAGUUUAACCUGUGGACUGAACUCACUGAUUUACUGGCUGACAUUUACUGUUGUUGGACAGAUUUCUUCUGGAAUGACUUCUUCAUUUUUCAGUGAAAUAACGGGAACUUAACUGAUGUAACUUAAUUUACUGUUACUGUUAUUAGCACGCAGCAAGUUUUCACUGCAGCUGGGUCUGUUUUAGCCCAUCUGGAUGCAGAUGUUGGUCCAACCGUUUCAUCAGUGGACAUGAAGAUAAAGCACAAAGGCCGAUUGCAUCUUAACACCAGCAUAUUUUUUACAAUUUCUAGACUAUUUAAAAGCUGUGUUUUAAUUUCUCAUAUAUCCCUAUAUAUGUUAGUGAAACCCUAGUCACUUUGGCUGACCACUGGUGAGUUUCUACUGCACUGUAUUAUGAUAAUUUCACAGUAUGGCUAUAAACCCAUCUGCACUGAAACACAAUGGACUACAAUCUCUAUCUGAAAUGAAGGUUGUAGAUUUUGUUUGCAGAUUGUACUGUAGCUUAAUGUUUACUAGAGCACAAAAAAAAUCCAAAUUUUAUUAGGUGAUUACUACUAUCAAUGAUCAUUUAAAAUUUUUGCACAUUUCCUGUAAUGUACUUUUAUAUUUAUUACUGUACUUCAAUAAUGUGAAUUCGGUAUAUUUAAAAAGCUUUGCAGAUAAAAUUAUGAAAAACCUG